GCCCAUCCUUGAACCCGGACACAACCAUGUAUAGCUGAUAUGGCAAAAUGCUAUUGGUUAUUAAACAAUGCCCACUAACUGAGCACGUCAAGGCAAACCCGCUUCGCCUGUCAAUCGGACGGUUAAUCGCCAGUGUUCACAAUCACGGCAGCCGGCGAUGCCAAAUCUCAUCGACACUUCAAUCCAAUGACAUUGAUUCCUCUCUCCAAUGCCCUCUCUCUUUCUGUCAAGACCAAAACCUUCCACUUUCUCAAAAUUUCACCCCCAUACAAGAAAACAACACUUGGAAAAGCUUCCCUGCAUAGUUAAAUCCCUUCUUGAUCUGUCCUCUCAAGGCCAGCUCUCACAAGCAAUCGCCUCUCUUGGGCUCUUAUCACGCAAAGGCAUACGCUUGCCGUCUCAGACACUAGCUCACCUCAUCCAACAGUGUGCAAACACCAAAUCGUUUAAGUUAGGCAAACGGGUCCAUCUCCAUUUGAAGUUAACUGGAUUAAAAAGACCCAAUGCAUUUUUGGCGAAUAAUUUAAUCGCUAUGUAUUCGAAAUGCGGUGAUUAUAAAAGUGCACACAAGGUGUUUGAUGAAAUGUCUAUGAGGAAUUUGUACUCGUGGAAUAAUAUGCUUUCUGUGUACGCUAAAUUGGGAAAAAUAAAGGCGGCUAGGAAGUUAUUUGAUAAAAUGCCAGAGAAAGACGUUGUUUCCUGGAAUACAAUGGUUAUUGCCUAUGCGCAGAGUGGGUUUUGCAAUGAAUCUUUGAGGUUUUAUAGGGAGUUGAGGAAGUUGGGAAUAGGAUACAAUGAGUACAGUUUCGCGGGUCUAUUGAAAAUUUGUGUGAAGUCCAAGGAGUUGGAGCUUACUAGACAGGGUCAUGGGCAGGUUUUGGUCGCUGGAUUUUUAUCGAAUUUGGUAAUUUGUAGUUCCAUUCUUGAUGCCUAUGUAAAAUGCAGUGAGAUGGUCGAUGCAAGGCAGUUGUUUGAUGGGAUGAAUGUGAAGGAUAUUCUUGCCUGGACAACAAUGGUAUCUGGGUAUGCUCAAUGGGGUGACAUGGAGGCUGCUAAUGAGUUGUUUGAUUUGAUGCCCGAGAAGAAUCCUGUUUCAUGGACAGCUUUGAUUUCUGGCUACGCUAGACAUGGUUUAGGGCACAAGGCACUUGAGUUGUUUACAAAGAUGUUGAUGCUUCAUAUUAGACCUGAUCAAUUUACUUUUAGUAGUUGUCUUUGUGCUUGUGCUAGUAUAGCUUCACUUAAUCAUGGCAAACAAAUACAUGGUUAUUUAGUACGCGCCAAUUUCAGGCCUAAUAUGAUUGUUGUGAGCUCUCUUAUAGACAUGUAUUCCAAAUGUGGAAAUUUGGCAGUUGGUAGGUUGGUUUUUGACCUCACGGAUAAUAAGCAGGAUGCUGUCUUGUGGAAUACUAUGAUUUCAGCCCUGGCACAGCAUGGUCUCGGGGAAGAAGCUAUUCAGAUGUUCAAUGAUAUGGUUAGAUUAGGCAUGAAGCCAGAUGGGAUAACAUUGGUUGUUAUUCUCAAUGCAUGCAGCCAUUCAGGUCUUGUGGAUGAAGGGCUUAGAUUAUUUGAUUCCAUAACUCAUUUACAUGGCAUUGUGCCCAAUCAGGAACACUAUGCAUGCUUGAUUGAUCUCCUUGGUCGAGCUGGGCAUUUUGACAAGUUAAUGAAUCAACUAGAGAAAAUGCCAUGUAAACCAAAUGAUCGGAUUUGGAGUGCCUUAGUUGGUGUUUGCAGAAUCCAUGGAAAUAUAGAAUUGGGAAGAAAAGCAGCUGAACAACUUAUUCAAUUGAGGCCUCAAUCCUCUGCCUCCUAUGUAUUAUUAUCAAGUAUCUAUGCUGCACUUGGGAGGUGGCAAUUGGUGGAGAAGGUGAGACAGCUUAUGGACGAGAGACGUGUAAGGAAGGAACGAGCUAUUAGUUGGAUAGAUAUCGAAAGUAAGGUGCACUCUUUCACUGUAUCAGAUAGAUUGCACCCUUUAAAGGAGGAUAUUUAUUCCGCCUUGGAACAAUUAGCUGGCCAUGAAGAAGAAGAAGUUGCAUCACCUGAUAAUGAAAGGUAGCCUUUAUCCUUGCUUUUAACCAGCUAGUCUUGAGAGAUAUGUACAAGUUUUAAAUUUAUGUUCUGUUUUACGCAUCUUAUGACAUUUUAGUUGACUUGAAUAGGCAGGCCUUCCAGUGUGGAUGAUUGUAGUUCAGUUUUGCAAUUUGUAGAAUUGAAUCUCCCGAUUGUUAUGAGAUUAUUCUAAAGACAUACAAUAAAUUUCUGGAAAGAUAGUUUGCUUCGUCUUCUGUAAUUGUUUUGAUUUACUAUCUAUCUAAUAAAUUGGUAAAAGCUACUUUCUUUCUUCA